GAGCAGACGUAAUAGAAAACUCGCGACGUAGUGAAUCAGUAGAGUUACCAGUAACCUUUUAUCGCAUUUACAAAUUGUAAACACAAGUAAAUUAAUUUAUAAAAUAGUUUUUUUUUUAAUGGUAAUAAUUAGUUUAUUAUUUCAAAAUAAAUAUUUAAAUUUUCCCGCGCAAUUAAAAAUAUUAUUAAUUAUUUAAAUUAUACAUAAAAUAAUAAUAAAUUAUUAAUCAAUUUUUAUAAUUAAUUUUGUGAUAAAAAUGAAGUGUGGCCUUGUGAAUUGCCGACUUUAAUCAUCUUUGAUAAGUGCAGUUAAUAAGUAUAAUAUAUAUAUAUAUAUAUAUAUAAUAAAGUGUCUUGUGAAAAAAUUAAAAAAAACUUCAGAUAACCUUAAAAAUAACAUAUCAAUUUUCUAAAAAGUACAAAAAAAUUUUUUAAUUUAAUGCUCUGAUUAAUGCGAAUCAAAAAUAAAAAAUGAUAAUUGAAUUUUUUUGUACAUUGAUAUUGAUAAUAUUAAUUAUUUAUUAUUGGUCAAUAUCAACUUAUGGUUAUUGGCGUGAACGCAAUGUACCGGGGCCGGAUCCCUUGCCGCUAGUCGGUAAUUUCAAAGAUGUAUUGAUGGGUAAAAAAUCAUUUGGACGUUGGCUUGAUGAUUAUUAUGUUCAAUAUCCAAAUGAUAAAUUUAUUGGAGUAUUUAUCCGCCGGCAGCCAUUAUUAAUAAUGAAAGAUUUGGAUAUUUUGAGAGAUAUAUUCAUACGAGAUUUUUCAAAAUUUCCUGACCGUGGUUUGAAAACAUUCGAACAUGCGGAGCCACUGUCGCAGCAUCUUGUUAAUCUUGACCACACGAAAUGGCGGCCACUGCGUCACAAAUUGUCACCGGCAUUUACCUCUGGUAAAUUAAAAGAAAUGUUUUAUUUAUUGGUAGAGUGUGGGGAUAAUUUCAAAGAUUACGUCACCAAAACAGUCAAUAAAGAAAAUGACGGAAUAAUUGAAGUUAGAGAUUUGACGGCACGUUUUACGACAGAUGUUAUUGGCACGUGCGCAUUCGGGCUUCAAUUGAACGCAAUGGCUGAUGAGGAAAGUGAAUUUCGUAAGAUGGGAAAGUACGUUUUCGAUAUUGAUUGGAAAAAAUUGAUAAGGUUCCGUAUCAGAGAGGCCGCGCCAUGGUUGUAUAGAUUACUGGCGCCCAUAAUGCAUGAUAGCGUGGUAACAAACUUCUUUACAAACAUUAUGAAGGACACUAUUGAAUAUCGCAGGGCUAAUAAGGUCGUUAAACAUGAUUUUAUUGAUUUGAUUAUGGAGUUACAAGACAAUCCGGAUAAAAUAGAUAUUAAGUUAACAGACACGCUGUUGACUUCACAGUUAUUUGUAUUUUUUUUGGCGGGAUUCGAGACUUCUUCGACGACAAUGAGUAAUGCGCUCUAUGAGUUGGCCCAGCAUCAUGAUUAUCAGGAUAAAUUAAGGGAUGAAAUUAGGGGAGUGUUGAAAAGCAAUGAUGGGAGACUCAGUUAUGAGUUGGUCAAGAAUAUGAAAUUCAUGGAUAUGAUCUUCAAAGAGACGUUGAGAAAAUAUCCACCCGCAACGUUUUUAAUCAGACGUGCAGACACUAAUUAUACAUUUACUGACACAAACGUAACUAUCAGAAAAGAUAUACGAGUUAUGAUCCCCGUGAUGGCGAUCCAUCAUGAUCCUGCAAUCUAUAAAGACCCAGAAGUAUUCAAUCCCGAUCGGUUUACUGAUGAGGAAAUUGCUGCGAGGCACCCGAUGAGUUUUUUGGCUUUUGGUGAUGGGCCUAGAAAUUGUAUUGGUGCAAGAUUUGCCAACCAUCAAACAAAAGUUGGUCUUAUAAAACUUCUUGAAAACUUCAAAGUGGAUGUUUGUGAAAAAACAGAAAUUCCAUAUGAAGUUAAUCCGAGAAGUUUUUUGUUAGCUCCGAAAAAUGGAAUUUAUUUAAAAUUUUCUAAGAUUUAAUAUGUAAUUCAAAUUAUUUGUUCC